CUUUCUCAAAAAAUUUUCUUUACAAGAGAACCAAAAAAAAGGGGAAGACGCCUAUGCUUGGUUGUAAUCAAUUUUGUAUAAAACGGAUGAUAAAUAGUGGAGCACACAUCCAAACCAAAUAAGUAUGACACCCAACAAAAUAAUUCAACAACAAAAGGAAGUCGAAGCAUUCUUGGCUCAAUGUGGAUUAUCGCAAUACUUUCAAGUGUUUAUGGAAGAAGGAUUUGAAAGAAUGGAAUCAUUGAUGGAAAUAACUGAAUUAGACCUUGUACAAAUGCAAGUAAAAAGAGGACAUAGAAGGUUACUACAAAGAGCAGUGGCGAAUGCAAAAGGAAUACCACCUAAUGUGCCAUUAAGUAUGGCUCAAACAAAUUUUAAUAACUCUUCUUUGUCAUCAGAUAUCAUCAUGGCAGACGGAGUCAUCUCUUCCCCUCCACCUGCUUCUUCUCCUAUGAGCAACAAUAAUAUAAUGUAUAAUUCACCCACAGCGACCCUAUCCUAUCCAUCACAACCACCAGAAAACUAUUACUAUCCAUCGGCAGGCACGAUGAGCGCUCAAAGCGGAAUGUCAUCCACAGAAGAAGAGGCAGUGACAAGUGAUAAUAUCCACCGAAUAUGGAAACGCAAAUACCAUCGACAUCCUAAACCAGAUACAAAUGCACCGAUCAAACCACCAUCAGCCUACGUGAUGUUUUCAAAUGAUGUACGAGCCGAGUUGAAGCAACAGAACAAGUCGUUUACAGAUUUAGCAAAAAUUAUCGGUGAUCGAUGGAAAAGUAUUUCUCCCGAGGAAAAGGAAUUCUAUGAGACAAAUGCAUUAAAAGCAAGAGAAGAAUAUUUAAAGCAGAUUGAAGAGUAUCAAAAGACGGAGAACUAUAAAAAGUAUCAGCAGUACUUGUCUGAAUUCAAAGCUGAAAAUGAAGCAGCUGCUCGUCCAGUCGGUAGACCACGAAAGAGACAGGUCAAGGCAAUUCAACAACAACAACAGUAUUAUGCGUAUCAACACAAUAAUGAAGAUAAUACGAGUGAUACCAAAAGAUCACAAAGACAGUACCCAUUCUAUUUAUUAAAUGCGGAUGAUAAUAAUCGUACAAAUGAUGAUCAAAGCAGCCAUCCUACUAAUACAACUUCAUCAAGCAAAUAACAACCAAAAAUUGUGUAAAUGUGUGUAUAUGUAUCUGUAUAUGUUCUCUCUCUUCUGUGUGUGUGUAUAUGCACAGAUGUAUAUUUUAUAAACAAGAUAAAAAAUCUCCCAACAAGCUACUAUUAUUAUUAUUUGGUUUCUUUUCUUUUUGUUGUUGUUUAGCCAGCAGUGCCUUCAGAUUGUUAUUUUUGCCCUUGUUCUUUUUCUUUUUAACCUCAGGUUCUUGCUUUACUAUGCCGAUUUCUUCUUUUUUUUGAUGUAGCUUGUUUUUAAAUGAACCG